CAGCGACAAAACUUGUUGGAUUCAUUUAUAGUCCAUUAAAAUGUUCAUUUGCAUUCAGUUCACUAGCAACUUUUGAGCGAAACGUUUGGUUAUUUUUAUCGCUAAACGCCCAGUGACUAGAAUUUCGAAUUACUUUCGGCAAAAAGGAAGCACAAAAUUUUAAAAUGUAUCCAUUUGGUUCCGGCAUGCCACAACCCAAAUCCAAUACACCAUAUAACAACAGUCACAACCAUCCCAAUCCUGGUGCGCCAGUUGGCGUGCCAUUCGGCGCUGGUUGGAUAGCGCCCUCACAACACCCCACCCAACACUCGUCACCACAACAUGUGCCGCAGCAACAUAGUUUGCAUUAUCAACCACUGUCAACUCAUCAUCAUCAAACUCCAUACCCACCCACCAACAAUAUCCCACAUGCUCCACAGCAUCACACACCCUAUCCACCAAUGAAUGCACCACCUAAUAAUGCUCCUUACCCCGGUUCAUCGUACCCACACAAUCCCCAACAUGCACCAGCACCAUAUCCAUUCGCUGCGGGCACACCAACUUACGGUACUAGUGGUGCGGGUGCACACUCUCCCCACUACACGCAUCCACCGACGCAUCCGUCUUAUGCGCCAACACAUGGAUAUACGCCGGUGCCGACGUCGGUCGGUUAUGAGUCGCCAGCAGGCAAUAUCGCACAUUGUUUCCAAGAAUUGGCUCAUCUGAAAGGUCACAUGCAGCACCAUCAUCAGCCGUUUGCCCGAAGAGAGGGCACACCAACUGUAACCCCCGCACAGAACUUUGAUCCCGUCAAGGAUGCUCAUGAUUUGCGCAAAGCCAUGAAAGGUUUUGGUACCGAUGAAGAUGCUUUAAUCAACAUCAUUUGCCGUCGUUCCAAUGAACAGAGACAGGAAAUUCAACGCCAAUAUAAAACGCAUUUUGGUAAGGACCUAAUCGAAGAUGUUAAAUCCGAGACUAGUGGUAACUUUGAGAAGCUGCUUGUGGGCCUCUUGCGUCCAAUUGUUGACUUCUAUUGUGCGGAGUUAAAUGACGCCAUGGCGGGCAUCGGCACCGAUGAGGAGGUGCUUAUCGAAAUAUUAUGCACUCUGUCGAAUGUGGAGAUACACACCAUCAAGAAUCAGUACUUGCGCUUAUACGGUGCGCAUUUGGAGUCAGAAUUGAAGUCGGAGACGUCUGGUAACUUCAAGCGUCUGCUGGUGUCGCUUUGCACAGCAGCACGCGACGAGAGCGGUCAAAUUGAUCCGGUUGCCGCACAGUCGGAUGCACGUGAGCUACUCAAGGCAGGCGAACUGCGUGUCGGUACUGAUGAGAGCAUGUUCAACAUGAUUUUGUGUCAACGUAACUACCAACAGUUGCGUUUGAUAUUCCAAGAGUACGAAAAAAUGACUGGCCACACAUUGGAGAAGGCCAUACGUAAAGAAUUCUCGGGUGAUAUAAUGGAGGGAUUGAUCGCCAUUUACAAGUGUGUCACCAACAAAACUGAGUACUUCGCCUCGCGUCUGCACAAGAGUAUGGCAGGCAUUGGUACAAAUGACAAACAACUGAUACGCGUCGUGAUCACACGCUCCGAAAUCGAUAUGGGCGAUAUUAAGGCACAAUACGAGCGUAUGUACAGCAAGAGCUUAAAGAGCUGGAUAAAGGGCGAUACAUCGGGUCACUAUAAGCACGCAUUAUACGCACUCGUUGGUGAACAACGCUCCUCCUAAUAAACAACAUCAGCGCUUAAAAUAUAACAACGCAUACGUGUAUAAGUACACGGCACUUGCAAAGGCCUUAAAAGUUUUACAGCAGUAUACUAUAUUGAUUAAUUUUUGCUAUCCUCAAUGUGAAUUUGCUAAUUGCGUAUUGUUUAGCUGUUAAUUGACAAUUCCAAUGCUGGAAUGUAUGACUAUUUUGUAUUUCGAAUAUAUGCAAUCAAACGCCUUAAACUAUAUAAAAUUCAUACUAUUUU